UUCAUUUUCAUUUGAAUUGCAUUGCGGAGCGAGCCGACACCUUCUCUACUGCUCCUGACCGGUUUGUUGUUUCCUGUCCAAAUCAUCUUUAUAUAUUUGAUCUUACAUUACAAGUUGAAGAAAUAUAAUAACCAUGAGUGACGGAAGUUCUUUGCGAGUUGGAAUGAACGUCGAUAUUCAAAGGAGUGAUGGUAGAGUACAUUCAGCUUGCAUCAGUGGUAUCAACCCUGGCACAGACAGUGUAACAGUGGAAUGGUUUGAGAGAGGAGAUACCAAAGGAAAAGAGAUUGAAAUCUCCGCCAUCUUUGCCCUGAAUCCUAACCUAGCAGCACCGGCGGAGCCCCCUCCCCCGGCAGCAGCCCCACCCGCCCAGUCACACAUCCCAGCACCCAAGAGUAGAAUCAGUAGCGCGAAGGCAGCUCAUCCAGAAUCCAACAGACCUUCAGCUAAACCAACCCCAAGAGAAACAAGAGGGAGUAAUAUUUAUAGGACAAUACGGAGAUCUGCCUCUUCAGCAAAAUCUCGACCCAGCAUCAACCAAGCAGCCCAUAAUGGAGAUAUUCAUGUCGCCCCUGCUGGCCCAUUGGCCAAGGCUCAGAAAGAGUCGGCUCUUCCUGCAUCCCGACGGAGGUCAAAUGUCGUGAAAGAAGUGGAUAGAAUCAAGCAGCAGAGAGAAGAAAGAAGAGCAAAGCAAGCUAUUCAGAUGGAACAGAGGGCUAAGGAUGACGAUGGCACACAUCCCCAUUGGGAAUUCCUGAAGAUGAUCAGAGAGUUUCAAGCCCAACUUGACUUCAAUCCUAUAUCUACAACCGACAAGGUUGAAGACCAUCAAAUAUGUGUUUGUGUGAGGAAAAGGCCGCUAAACAAGAAAGAACAAAACAAGAAGGACCUGGAUGUGUUAACAAUGCCCAGCAAGGAUAAAGUACUGGUUCAUGAGCCCAAACUCAAGGUGGACCUUACCAAAUACUUGGAGAAUCAACUCUUUAGGUUUGACUAUGCUUUCAAUGAGGAUGCCACCAAUGACAUGGUCUACAAAUUCACCGCCAAGCCUCUUGUACAGACCAUAUUCAACCGAGGAAUGGCCACGUGUUUUGCAUAUGGACAGACAGGAAGUGGGAAGACACAUACGAUGGGUGGAAACUUUUCAGGGAAGAACCAGGAUGUAACGAAAGGAAUUUAUGCCCUGGCGGCAGCUGAUGUAUUCAGGCAUCUGAACAGACCGGAACACAAAUCAAAGGAAUUAGCCGUUCACUGCAGCUUCUUUGAAAUAUACAGCGGAAAGGUGUUUGAUUUGCUGAAUAAGAAAGCCAAGCUCAGAGUUCUAGAGGAUGGCAAACAACAGGUACAGGUGGUAGGAUUACAGGAACGAACCGUCAAAAACACAGAUGAGGUACUCAAGCUUAUAGGAAUGGGUAACAAUGUAAGAACAUCCGGCCAGACUUCAGCAAACCAGCAUUCUUCCAGAUCACAUGCAGUCUUCCAAAUCAUCCUAAGAAAGAAAUCGUCAGGAAAGCUUCAUGGGAAGUUCUCCCUUAUUGAUCUUGCAGGUAAUGAGAGAGGUAAAGACACACAGAGCUCCAACAGACAAACGAGGAUGGAAGGAGCUGAGAUCAACAAGAGUUUAUUAGCUCUGAAGGAAUGCAUCCGAUCCUUAGGACAUAAGACUGCCCAUGUACCGUUCAGAGCGAGCAAGCUGACCCAGGUCUUACGAGAUUCCUUCAUUGGAGAUAACACAAGGACAUGCAUGAUUGCCAUGGUUUCACCGGGAAUGAGUUCGUGUGAGCAUACGUUGAAUACGCUACGAUACGCAGACAGAGUGAAAGAGCUCGGUCCAGGCGGUCCCGAUGGCGACGACGACGAUUACCGAUCUCCAACCAAGAACGGUGGUAGCCCCGAAAGGAGUCUGUCACCCAGUAACAGUGAUCUGGCAAUGCUUUGUACGCACAACGAAGAGGAGGUGUCGGUGGAGAUGUAUACAUUCCAUGAAGUCAUGAACCAACUCCAAGAGAUGGAAGAACAAGUGGUGGAUUAUCAUCGUAAUUGUUUAGAGGAAUCAAAGAGUCUUUUAGCGGAGGAGGAACAGUUAUUAUCGAUGACAGAUGAAGUAGAUUACGAUGUAGAAGAAUACUGCUCUGGACUGGAAGCCAUCCUGUCAAGAAAGAUUCAGAUCCUCUCAGACCUGAAGGACAAAGUUUCUAAUUUCAGAAGUCAACUCUCAGAGGAGGAGAAAGCCAGUAAAAACAUCAAGAAAUGAACCAGUAACCAUGACGAUGUCACCCCAACUCUCCUUGAACACAUACCUGUGGGUCUGUAUUGAUUAAAAGCUUGCAAGCAAAAGCACCUACGCUUGCAAAAUAACUUAUUCAAAACUUCCAGGUAUUCAUCCCUAUCUGGCGAGUGCAGAUUACAUUAGUCUGCAUUAUCAUACCUUGUUAGUGGUUUACUGGAUGCAUCAAGCAAAACUUCACCUACAGUGUAUGUAGACUUUACCUGAAUAUUUAAGCAUGAAUUAUAGUUUUUCAAUUUAGAAGCAUACCAGAAGAUGUCUCAACGCAACUGAAAUAUGUGCAUUUGUGACAAUUUUUACCACUUUUACCGGACGCACCUAUCCGAACUUAUGUUUGAUAACUCUUAUUGAUUUAUAAAGAAGAAUUUUCACAAUGCUAGAAAAAGCAUUUGCUACUAGUUGUCGAUAAGCGCAUGUAGGGAAAUGUGAUCAGUACAUUGAGGCAAGCUGCUCUUGUAUUAAAACUUAGCGCUUGUUAAAUUAAAUUUAGGGAUUGGUAUUAUAAUCUGACAGGAUUUUGGAAUGAAAUGAAUAAGUUUAAUUAAGAUGAUGAGAAUGUCUUUUUCCACAUGGCAGAGUUGUUUUCCUGCUUAGUUUGGUGAAAAUAUUCUCAUGAAAAUAUUCUUGCUAUUUAUAUUAAACAAUAACUAGAUGCAGCAGGGAUGCAACUUAUAUUCAGUAAAAACGAUAAUUGCUAAGCUCAAUACGCGCCAGUUUUGAAAGUAUUGGUGUACUUAUUGAUACUAAAGUGAUGGUAUGAUUGUGUACAAAAAAAUUAAAGAAUAUGGAGAACCAAAUUUUUUUAAUUGUAUAGCAGUCUGUGUUUUUUUUUUCAUGGAGCUAAGAUUAUCAUUAAAUUUAAGUUAUGAAAUAUGAAUGUAGGCAAAUGUACUUAUUGCAUAAUUGAACAUGCAUAUUGUAUUCAACUUCCCUAAGGGUUUCAAUGUGUGAAGACAUUCCUAGCAAAUCAAGUGAUAUCUCGUCCCCAGACCCUUUUUCACAAAAGUUACUAUUAUGCUAACUUUGCCAUCCAAUUGUUAACUUCCAUGAAAUCCUUGAUUCUGAUUGGCUGUUGAGUGCUGUAACCAUGGUAGUUACCAUUGACUUGCAAGGUUAUGAUAUUAGUAACUUUUAUGCAACCGGAUACAGGCGAUAUCAAAGGGAGUUGUUUGAAGAAAAAAAAGAGAAACAUUUGAGUCUUUCUUGCAAAGAACACCUUUUAUUUGCCAUCAAGCAAAUCGAUUAAGCUAGCAAUCCAAAAAGCAGUGAUUUUUAGGUAUGAUGUUGGGUCAUUCGUAAUUAUACUUCAAGCACAUCAUUGAGAUAUCAGCACAGAUUUUCAACUUCACGCCUUGUUAUCAUUUGAUAAACAAUAUUGUACCAUCUUAGAGAUUCGUCUGUUCAAAUAAUGCAUAUCAUAGUAAUACUUAGUUCUAAAUGACAACAUUUUUAUAGUCAAUAUUCAUAUAAGAAAUUAGCUUUAAAUACUGAAUUACUGGAGAUUCUGUGCAUAGAUAUUUUACAUUCAAAAUGUAUAUAAGAUGCAGUAAAAGU